AUUGUUGGAUUUCUUCUAGAAUAUGGUGCCAUGUGAUUAUAAAAAUGCAAGCAUUCUCAUUUCUUAUAAACUUUGGAUUCAAGCUUCUGCUGUGCUGUAUUUUCUAGAAACGUCAAGGCUAGACAGAGCUAACUGAUCCCGGCUAAGCUUCUGGAAGACCUUGGAAGUGAAGGUAUUCCCACUCGACUCUGACGGCUUGUCAGCCCUGUGACAUUGGGUAGGACUUUCAGCUUCUUAGAAGCCAGUUUUCAUUUCUGCACAAUGACUCUGUAACGCUACAACACAGAAUCACAGUGAAGAGUUCAAAACAAGACAUGGAUGGUAACGAUGACCUUGAGGAAGACCAUCUUACAAGUUACGAUGUUCAGCUCAGUAUUCAAGAAUCCAUCGAAGCGGGCAAGAAUGCAUUGUAUACAGAAAGAUUUGUACCCUUAAGUGAUCAAAACAGACAACUGGUGAAGGCAAUAAAGCAAGGUCACAUUCUUGAGCUCCAAGAGUAUGUGAAGUGUAAAUUCGCGCUGGACGAAGCUGACGAGAAAGGCUGGUUCCCAUUGCAUGAAGCUGUUGUGCAGCCCUGGCAGCAAAUCCUUGAGGUUGUUCUGGAUGCAUCUUACAAGACAAUGUGGGAAUUCAAGACCUGUGAUGGAGAAACACCCUUGACAUUGGCAGUCAAAGCUGGUAGGGCGGAAAACGUGAGAAUUUUACUAGAAAAGGGUGUGUGGCCUAACACGAAAAAUGACAAAGGAGAGACUCCCCUGCUGAUAGCUGUGAAAAAAGGCUCCUAUGACAUGGUGUCUGCUCUGAUCAAACACAACACCAGCCUGGACCAGCCGUGUGUCAAGCGAUGGUCAGCAAUGCACGAGGCCGCCAAGCAAGGCCGGAAGGACAUCUUAGCUCUGCUGCUGCAGCACGGAGCCAGCGUCCACCUGCGAGAUGGCUUUGGAGUCACACCGCUGGGUGUGGCUGCCGAGUAUGGGCACUGCGAUGUAUUACAGCAUCUCAUCCACAAAGGUGGGAACGUGUUCGCUCUGGCGGAUGAUGGUGCCUCCUUGUUGUUCGAGGCGGCUGGAAACGGCAACCCUGACUGCAUUUCCCUCCUGCUGGAAUACGGGGGAAGUGCAAAUGUCCCCAACAGAGCAGGACACCUUCCCAUACACCGAGCUGCCUAUGAGGGACACUAUCUUGCACUGAAAUAUCUUAUCCCGGUAACAUCCAAGCAUGCAAUUGCAAAAAGCGGACUAACUCCAGUUCACUCAGCCGCGGACGGGCAAAACGCGCAGUGCCUAGAACUCCUCAUUGAGAACGGGUUGGACGUCAACAGCCUCCUCGCUGAGCACAUCUCCCAGAGCUACGAUGACGAGAGGAAGACUGCCCUGUACUUCGCAGUCUCUAACAACGACAUCCACUGCACGGAAGUCCUUCUGACCGCGGGUGCAGACCCGAACCUCGAUCCCCUCAACUGUCUGCUUGUGGCCGUCAGGGCCAACAAUCACGAGAUUGUCCGAAUGCUUCUCUCCUACGGGGCUGAUGUCAACUGUUAUUUCAUGCGUGUGAAUGACACCCAUUUCCCCAGUGCCAUUCAGUAUGCCCUCAAUGAUGAAGUGAUGCUGCGGCUGCUGUUGAAUCAUGGUUAUCAGGUGGAGACGUGUUUUGACUGCAUGCACGGGGACAUCUUCGGGAAUUCAUUUGUGUGGUCAGAGAUAGAAGAAGAGGUAGUUCCAGGAUGGACGUCCUGCGUGAUAAAGGACAACCCGUUUUGUGAGUUUAUUACAGUUCCCUGGCUGAGACACAUGGUGGGCAGCGUCACCCGGGUGCUGAUAGAUUACAUGGAUUAUGUGCCCCUGUGUGCGAAACUCAAGUCUGCACUAGAAGCACAGAGAGAAUGGCCAGAGAUCCGCCACAUCCUAGAGAAUCCGUGUUCGCUGCAGCAUCUGUGUCGGUUGAGGAUCCGAAGGCUUAUGGGACUCCAGCGACUCAGCCAGCCGGACUUACUGAAGAAGCUUCCUCUACCACCAGUUAUUCAAAAAUACCUAUUGUUUAAAGAGUAUGACCUCUACGGGCAAACGCUAAAGCUGCCAUGAUUUUUAAAUAAUAUUUUAAAACAUGAUUUUAAAAACUAUUUAAAAUGUGA